GGUCUGAAAGAGGAAGCAGGAUGUCAUGAAGGCGUGUUAGCCACCAGUCACUAUGCAAUGAGUCUGUGUCUCUGUCUACCCAAAGAGUGGGCCAUCGCUUCCACCGAGGACUCUGGGAAAUGAAUCUUAUACUAUUCCUGCUUUUGGCAUUGACAGCAAGCUGGACUGGACUUGUUCAAUGUGAAGACAACGAAGAAACGGAGCAGGAGAUUGCCCUUGAAGACUCCCAUUUAACAGUAUUAUUAACUUACGAAGCAGUGGGUGAAGAAGAAAACUCAGAGAAUCAGGGGGAUGGUGCAGGCUCUGGAGAUGGGAGGAGCCAGGAUUUAGACUCCCAACCAAACAGUGAAUCAAACACUGACCAAACAGUUAAAAAUGAGGAAACAAAGCCGACUACUGAGGCAAAUACAGAUGCAGACACAGAGGAUCUCAACCCAGUCAUGAUCAUCAUACCUCUAGUUCUCACACUGGUCUUCAUCGCUGUGAUCGUGUGUGUAGCCAUGAUCUACCGCAGGUGGAGAAUAAAAGUUGCUGACACAAAAGAAGAUCCUUAUCUGGAUCAUGAAGACCAUGAAAAGGUGCCAAUGCCCAUGUUUGAGGAUGAUAUCCCAUCAGUGAUGGAGCUGGAAAUGGAAGACCUAGAAAAUUGGAUAGCAAAAGGUAACCACUAAAACGUUUAUUAGGAAUCUUCUGACUCUGAGUCACAGUUCAUAUCUGGGCCUCGGUGUGUCUCAGAUAUUGCACAUUUAUAUUGAGUAAUCCAAACCACAGGUGCUGGAAAGAAUUACAGUCUGGUCUAAAAUAUACAUCAUGAGCUCAAAAAAUAU